AUGACGAACGGACGAUAUAUGAAGGGGAGGUUUCACUCAUUCGAUAUUGUGAACCGGAACAAUUCAAAGAUGGUCGACGUUGCGCUGCGCAAUGGGCGCUUCGUACAAAGCAAGAAUGAUGAAGGACAUCCUGGUAACCCUAUAGUAGUUCCAGGAACGGAUUAUAAUUACGUCGUCGCUCAUGGUGUACCGCCUACCGGGGGAAACAGCGGGGAGGGCAAAAACUCAGGCGUGUCACCCUCAAGAGCGACAUCAGGAGAAUCCGUCACACUCAGAAAACGACAUGGAGCAUCAAGGUUCAAGACAGACAACGAAAUAUCAAAGUCAAAAGGACAACGUCAAAAUGACAAACUCGUUGAAUGGACACCAGAGGAACCAGUUGAUGAUUCACAAUUAUGUUCACUUGGAAACCAACGAAAAGCAGAGUGGGACCAAUUUGAAUAUAACAGGAAAGAAUUCGGUUUGGAAACUACAUAUGACGAAAAUCUAUACACAACCAAACUCAACCUUGACGAGGUCUCACAGCAAAUUCAAGACCAAGCAGCAAAACUCGCAUCAGAAAUUGCAGGACCACGUGGAAGUGGAGGUUACUCACAGUUGGAGACUUACCUUGAACAGGAUGAAGAUGCUGGGGAGAACCCAGCUGCAGAGGCGGCAGUUAAGAAGGUUUUGGCUAGGAAUAUGCGUGACGCGCGACGUGACGAUAAACGUAUGACCAACGCCAAGGCAAAAUCACGUUCCGCAGCCGUGGAAAAUGCAUCAGGGUCGCAUAACACAAGGCACCAGGGUUCAAAUAGGGCAAUGUCAUACAAGGACAUCAUGGCAAACGGGAAUGGGAAUUCGUCACAUAUGAAAUCUUCAGGUACGGAUAACGAUGCUAUAGUAAAUCAGUCUUACAAUGCUGCACGAUCAGAAGCUUCAGGAACUAAAUCUGAUAAUAACAAACAUCGAAACGCACAUGGUGAAGACCGACGUGCGGAACAUAAUGGUGACGAAGAAAGGAUGGCAGAAAAGUCAAUGAACGCAUCUGAAAAGGAUGUUGACAGGCCUAUGACACAGGAUACUAAAAACAGCGCAACCACGACACCCUCCAAAAAGGCGUUCGCGUUCAACCCAAACGCAUCGAGUUUCACUCCGAGCUCAUCACUGCAGUCUUCUGCGCGUGCAACCACGUCACCUCAAGCUUCAGUCAGGUCUCCAGUUAAACCGUCGCAACCGGCACCCAAGGUGAACACAAGCGAGCAAUCUGGAUCCGCUGACGGCCUAGCUCAAUCGAAGGGCAAAGAUCCUGCUGCGCAAACGACUAACACGGCAAACAGCCGCGCAAAGUUCCUUGCGUUCUCACCAAUGGUGGAAUACCCCAAGCUGGAUGUCUCCAUGUAUACAAAACGUGAAUGGCCGAUAACAGACCAGGUUUUCGACGAGGCGUGGAGUAAUGUCAGCGACAUGAGCUACCGCACCCUUAUAGGAGACCUCAGCCAGUUACACCAUAUAACCGGUGUUGUGGCUAUGCGACCACAACAUUCCAUGAUACCAUCGGCAGGAAUGGCUACUGUACUGUUACCUCAGGGAGCACCAGUAACGUAUCCCACUUACCAGAUAGGAGGCAUUCCGCUGAACGUCGUGCCAUACGGCCGGCAGGUGACUCCGAAGUUCUACACAUCUCCAAGGCAAUCACAGCAGGCUAUCCAUGCCGUUGCAGCACAGAGGCCUCCGAUUAACGUCAACCAGCUUGCCGUAGUCGCACAUCCGCAGCAGCAGGUCCUGCCAAAAACUACAGGAGACAGAGGAGGCAACAACGCGUGA